CCGACGACGGCUUUAUUUAUGAAUCUGUACCGUAUCGGGCGAGGGAGUCAUGAAAACUGUGCUGGAUAUGCGGCCCUUCAGCAACUACCGAAGAAGAGGUCUUUCACCGAUCUUCCUUCAUCAAUCCAUGGAUGGAAAGCAAAAUUUUGCUUCGUGAAGCUGGCCGAUGGGGUCUUCUUCCCCUCUCAAGGUCAUAGUGGUGUUUUUAAUCUGCACGAUCCGCCGAGGAGUGCUGAGAUUGAUGCCCAAGUGGAGGCCUUCCUCGAGGGGGGGCCAUGGAGUGUUGAUAAAUAUAUCACUGAGUUCAAAAUUGCCGCCCUUGGUAUGAUGAGGUACUUCAUCCCCGGUGACCCCGACUGUGGGCUAUGGCCGAGGAUGUCUGGUUACUUUGAAGAGGCCGAUGGGCCCUACCUCGGCGUCCCAGCCGAUGCCGAAGGAUUCGAGAUGAGUCGCAAGCUUUUUAUGACUCAAGCCAAGAAGAUGGUUGACAAGGAAAUGCAGGCUGCCCAGCAAGCCGAUGCGUCCAAAAGCUCGGCUGAUGGCUCAAAGGGCCAGGCCGGUGCCGCAAAAAAGGCUGCGGCUCAAAAGAAGAGGAGACCCGCUGAGGGUCAGCAAACUCUGGCCGAAGCGGGGUUGAAGCCGGCCCAAGGGGUCAAGAAACCGAGGCAGACCCUUCCUUCUGAUGUUGCUACGGCUGCCUCACAGGCUCCGGUCCAAGGGGAUGAUGCCUCGGAGGUUCAGGUGAUUGAGGACCUGACGCUGGGUAAGGCUUCGGACGCCCUUGUCCCCG